UGUUUCUCUUUGCUUGUCUUUUAUUCAAGAGCCACACAUGUAGUGCAAUAUUCUUUCUAUCGUGAGGACACAUGCUAGUAUAUUUUAGUGCCGACCACUUGUAAGUUUUAUUUUUCUAUUAAUGGCCACAUAAAUUUACGUUAUAAAUGGCAUUGGAACAUGAGAGAAGAAGUCUACAUCCAUCUAUAAGAGGAAACGGGGAAUGACGAAUGAGGAAGAGGAGCCCCUCAGUCCGAUGGCGCGUAUAUUCCAAUCGCCGGGAAUAGACUAUUGUGCCGUCACCAUCAUGGGUUUCAAAACAAAGAUUAAUCCCGACGUCGUUCUUGAUGCCUUAAGGCAUAAUGUCUACAACCAUUCUCGUUUCUCCAGCAAACUGUCUGAUAAUGGUGCAAAAUGGAUCGAGACGGAAGUCAAUGUAGAAGACCAUGUAGUUGUACCUUACAUAGAUCCGAAAGAGAUAGGUGAAGAUGGAGAAAGCUUCGUCGAUGAUUAUAUAUCACAUCUCACGAUGAUUCCUCUUGAUAGAUCAAGACCUUUGUGGGAUAUUCACAUCCUUAAGGUCAAAACCACAGAUGCUGAAGCAGUCGGUGUAAUAAGAUCUCACCAUUCGUUGGGAGAUGGAAUGUCCCUAUGUUCUCUCUUACGCGCAUGUACGCAUAAGACAUCAGACCCGAGCACGUCUUCUACUGCUGUUCCUCCCGUGAAACGGCGAGGCGAGGUGUUGCAUAGCCUUAGGAAGAAAGGCUGGUUCUUAAUAACGAUAUUCACCAUUGGUUCUACAAUGACAUUGAUUUGGAAUACAAUCGUGGAUAUGUUUCUGCUUUUUGCGACUAUAUUGUUUUUGAAGGAUACAAAAACACCUCUAAAAGGCGGCGAGAAUGCCAUGAGUAAUCCAAAGAGAUUUUAUCACCGAAUUAUCUCCUUGGAUGACAUUAAACUUAUAAAAGACGCUAUGAACAUGACUAUCAACGAUGCCCUACUGGGAAUUACACAAGCCUCUCUUUCUCACUAUGUAAACGGACACUAUGUCAAGAAGAAUACAGAGGAUGGAGCAUUGACAUCACAUACGAACAAUCUUCCAGAUGGAAUGCGAUUUCGUGUAGCUUGUACAGUAAAUCUAAGGUCAGAUAUCGGGUUCAAGCCUUUGGCAGAUAUGAUGGUGAAAGAUUCAAAAUGCAAAUGGGGAAACUACUUCAGUUUUAUAUUUUUGCCGUUCUCCAUCAGUUUACAAAAAGAUCCAUUGGUUUAUCUAAAAAAAUCCCAAGCUACAAUGGCUCGAAAAAAACACUCUUAUCACGCGAAUCUAGUGUAUUUUAUCAUCAAAAUCGUUCUAAAAGUGUUUGGGGCGAAGGUAGCAGCAGAAUUAUUCGAUCGACCGGUGAGGAACACAACGACAUGUGUUUCAAACGUCAUUGGCCCCAUGGAAGAAAUCAGUUUCCGUGGCCAUCCUAUCGCUUACAUCGCUCCAAGCUCUUACGGACACUCACAUGCAUUGUUGGUGCAUUUCAUAAGUUAUGCUGAGAAAAUGAUAAUCUCGAUGGCUGUUGAUUCUACUGUCAUACAUGAUCCUCACAAGAUCUGUGAUGAAAUGGAAAAAUCAAUGAAAGCAAUGAAAACUGUGCUCUGGGAAAGAGGGUUACUCUAAGCCGCUUGAGCCUUACCCACUCUAAGCUGCAUGAUGAUGCUUUAAAUCCUUUUGUACUAUCUACAGAUAUUGCAGUCAAUAUUGGAGACUUGAAGUCAAUAAUAUCAGGGUCGGUCCUAGAUGUCGAGGAAAAUAGUUAUAGUCAAAUGUUUUAGAAUUUUUAAAUUUUCAUUUCAUAACCUAAUAGUUUGUAGUAGCUAGUCAGUAGUGUAUUAGUGUUGUUGUUGUAAUAUGGCCCGAGUUCAAAUGCAUGUAAUGCAUAGAUCAUAUGAUCAAGCCAUCGCUUUGUUUUUUA